UGCAUUAUCAGAGACCUGAAAUGAGCUGCAUUGACUUUAUUUCGAAAUGUUUCUGUUACAGAUGAUGGAACUGAGAGAAGGAGAAAACAGCUUUAGUUACUUCAUCUCCAGAUGUCAUAUUGAAUAGCCUGCAGUUACUGUCCAUUUACAACUUCAUGGGUAAGCACAGAAAAGAAGCAAGAAGGGCAUAUUUGAAAAGAAGAAGAUCAGCAAUGAGAGAAACAAAAUUAGCUGGGAAUGAUUUGGAUGAUACCCAAAUGAGUCACAUGAAAAUUGAUAGCCCAGCUAAUGAAGAUAACAGCCAUUGCAUCCAAACCAAAAUGACUGAAAAACACACCCCUUUAUUCUGUACGCCGCCAAAGUCAAAGUCAUCAUCAGCACUGCUACCAUCAUCGUCAAAAUCAUCAUCAGCACUGCUACCAUCAUCAAAUAUGUCAAAUUCAUCAGCACUGCUGCCAUCAUCAAAUACGUCGAAUUCAUCAGCACUGCUACCAUCGUCGUCAAAUACGUUGAAGUCAUCAGCGCUGCUACCAUCAUCGUCAAAUACAUCUAAGUCAUCAGCACUGCUAGCAUCGUCGUCAAAUACGUCAAAGUCAUCAGCACUGCUACCAUCAUUGUCAAAUACAUCUACAUAUACGCAGCCCAGAUACAGCAUGCAGGUCAGUAUAUACAGAGUUGCCUGCAGUAGUAACUGGCAACCUGCAGGAUCAGAAUGACAUUUACAAUUUUACUGAUGAAGACGGAGUGGAAGAUAUGGAAGGUGGAGAGAGAGAGG